AUGGCAUCAUUCAUAACGGGACUAUGGGAAAGUGUCUUUCAACCAGGUACCUCUCCACAAUUGAUACUAGCCACGCAUCUCUCUUUUGUAGCUUUAUUAAUCACGUUAGCAUGGCUGAUCUUUGUUACGCAUGGUAAUAUUCAUUUUAUUAUGCUGUUUAUUAUUGCUGCAUUGUUAUGGAUUACAGUCAUUUGGUUUAUCCAAGAAUUGAAAUCUGCUGAAUUGUUAUCUAAUCAAGAAUUAGAGAAAGAAGAAGAUAAAACAAAAGAGACUGAAAUUGAACCAAGUAAAGAUAGUAAAGCAUCUACUACAGCUACAGAGAAGAAGAGCAACUCUACCAAGUCAAGAAAGGCAUGA